GCAUGGCCCCUGGACAUGGACAUGGACAUGAACAUGGUCACAGUCACGGUAAAGUGGAACUUCCAGAUUAUAGGCAAUGGAAGAUAGAAGGGACACCAUUAGAGAUCGUCCAGGAGAGGCUGGCUGCGCAAGGGCUAAGGGAUCCAUGGGGCCGCAAUGAAGCUUGGAGAUACAUGGGUGGCUUUGCGCACAAUGUUUCCUUUGUUGGUGCAAUACUGAAAGGAUUCAAGUGGGGAUUUGCUGCAUUCGUAGUGGCUUUGGGGGCUGAAUAUUACCUGGAGUCCCAGAAUAAAGACAAGAAGCAUCACUGAAGUUCCUUACCUUACCAGCAAGAUGGAUUGGAAGCAGAGCAGCUGAAACUUGAACUGGCUCUCUAUGGCAUGUCAGCAUCACAGACGAUGGCUUAAUUCCAAGCAGUCUCAUUUUUUUUGUAUUUUAAAGAUGUCCUCUAAAAAUUUUGUGCAUGCAUUUUAAGAAUAUCUUCAAUGUUAUAUAAAUCAGUUAUUUGUUUCCUGUAACUGGAGAAUUACAUUCAUGGAUAUUUCCAGAUCCUGGUUGCUGUGUAUCAGGUUGCCAUAAACAUUUAUAUGUACAAGGGGCUGUACGCUGUCACUUAUCAUAA